AUGAAUUCCCCCUGAAAGAUGGCAGCGCCCACAGUAAACAUUUGGCACAGAAUAAUUAGUUCACGGUACUGAAAAAAGUAUGGUAGACUAAAAUCAACAUUCAUUGUCAACAAUAAUUUAUUUCUGACGGAAAUUCAUUAACUAGUUAAAUAACAUGAACUUGUAGUGACGCUUGCACUUGCAGAUAUGACUUUUGUAAAUAAGUGUUUUUGUGGCCUGAGAGGGGAAUAUUUCUGCAAAACGUCCAGAAAAUUCAUCUCGAAUCCACCAUAUAACCAUGGACUAACGGGGUGUGGAAAGAAAGGGAGAAAACAAUAUUUUGUCCCAGACAACUUAAAACCGAAAGCAGAAGUUUUAUUUGGUAUAAACCCUGUUUUGUUGGCACUAAAAAAUGGUCGUAGAGAAAAAUUUCAUCGUUUAUAUAUCAAACAGGAAGCAUGGGAUAUUGAUAACGAUAAUGAGGGAGUUCAAAUAAUUAAAGAAAUAGCAACAGAAAGAAAUAUUUUAAUAAGUUAUGUCAAAGCAGGUGUAUUAGCUGCUCUAUCUGGACAAAGACCAAAUCAGGGAGUCUGUUUAGAUGCAGGUAAAUUUCCAGUUUCUAGAUUUUCUGGUGAUGAGAAACAGAUCAGAGAUAGCUUAAGUAAUGACAGAACAAAUUUAAGUCCUUAUCCUAUCUGGCUGUUGUUGUAUGAAAUUCAGGAUCCUAUGAAUGUCGGUGCAAUUCUACGAACAGCUCAUUUCAUGGGUGUAGAUAAAGUAAUUCUUACAACAGAAAAGAGUUGUAAAAUGAAUUCUGUUGUGAGUAAAGCAAGUGCAGGUGCUAUGGAAGUAAUGACUUUAAAUAAUUUAUCUCAAGGUCGAAAGAGUUAUCUAUCUUUUAUUCAGCUAUGGAAAUCUUGUGGUGGAUCUGUUAUAGGAACAACUUCUAGUCAACAUCCUAAAUCUGAAUCAGUUACAGAGUACAGUUUUAAUACACCCAUACUUCUGAUCAUGGGUAAUGAAGGUUAUGGUGUAGAACAAGAAAUACUGGAUACUUGUGACACAUUAUUUACCAUCACUCCAGGCACACAAGAAGCAAAUAUAGUCAGUUCCUUAAACGUUUCAGUUACUACAGGAAUAUUACUGCAUUCACUACUGAACAAGAAGAUCAAAUCCUGACAGUAAAUUCAUUUAUUAAGUUAUAAAGAGAUAUUCCCUAAAUACACCCUUUCUUUAUACAAAAACAUUUAUACAUGACAUCUGUUAUUAAUACUGCUGUUUUAAAUA